AGAAAUUCAAAUUCAAAAACCUCAAUUUGUGAUGUUCCAGCUCUUUCUAUAAAUACCUUAACCUUCUCAAAGCAACAUAACAAAAAACCUAUAGUGAAAAAAUCCCAAGAUGAAGGUGAGAAUUUUUGCUUUGUUCUUACUCAUUUCAGGUAUUCAAGCCAUAUCAAGCUCAAACUUCAACACUUCAGAAGGUAAUGGCCUCGUCCACAGCAAUGGAGAAGCACAACAAGUUCUUGGGAAGUUAUUGCAUGGAAGCAUAGAAGAGUCAACAAGUGUGAAAUACGAAGUUGAAGAUAGUAAAGAAGAAGUAGUUGAUACUACACAAAAAACACAAGGUGGAGGAAGUUCAGGAAGUAGCGGAAGACCAGGAAGUGGAGGCAGUGCAGAUGUUACUCGCAGGCCACGACCAAAUUCUGCACCAUCAAAACCUCAUUUUUGUGUCUCACUGUUUAUUCUUUCUGUAAACUUUGCUUCUGUCAUCUUUUUCUUCCACUAUGUCUGAUGUGUAAUCCAUGCACAACUAAUUAAGUUGAUGCUCAUAUGAAACUUAUGAGAUUUAAAAUCUCAGCUUUUCCUCAUAAGUGGGAAUAAAUAACGUUUGGUUCGAAGAACGAAUCUAAGUUUUAUAUC